UUAUCAGUGAACGAGAAUACAACUCAGCAUGAUGAAAAAAAGUAUUGUUUUACUUCUACUCGCAGUGGCCUAUGCAUCUCAGAACUCAGCAAUUGCCGCACCUAGUGAUAGUCUGUGGGAUCAAGCCAAAGCAUCAGUAAACGAAUAUCGCGGAAAAGUAAAUAAUGCCCUAAGCAGUGCUCUUAUAAAUGGUUACACAAGUUUGUCUCAAAAGGCUGAUUCACUAAUUGAAUCAAUCAUUUUGAAUGGUACUGCUGUAAUCAGCGGUGCAUAUAAUGAAUAUAUGUCCGAGUACCAAUCAGUCAAGCAAGCAGCUGAAGAUGCAGGAACCGAUGUCACUGAUUGUAUUAACACAUAUGAGGAAUUAAUCACAAAUGUGGGCCCAGAAAACUUAGAUGGCUUGGUCCAAUGCGUGCAGGAUCUUGUCGAACCAGUUGUAAGCUACAUAUCCGGCGCUAGCAACAAUCUAGUGCAACGCUACUCAAGUACGGUAUAUCAACACGAAAAAAGUCUCCUCACCUGUGGACCAUCCAAUGAUAACUGUUUGAGUAAUAUUGUGUACAGCCUCAUCAAAGUAAAUGUUGAGGGUCAAAUUGCAAAUGACCUGACGAGAGAUGUGAGUUUGUUUGGCAGCAAUGAAAAUCGGCUCAAUGUUUGUGGACAAAAAUAUGUCUCCAUCAACGAAGGGAAAGGAAACUCUUUGGUUGAAGCUUUUAGAAGCUGCGUAGAAGCCCAAUCAGGAUAAAUUGGAAACUAUCAUUUUGUGGAACUAAUGUAAAUAAGAUAUAUAAAUAAACACACUAGCAACAAUGAA